UUUCACCGGUGCUCGAGCUUCUUCAAUGGCCGUCUUGCACCCACCGCCGCUUCCGUGGAACGACGCACCAUUAGCUCCUCCGGGCCGCUACAAUCUUCAAGGCUUGAUGGAGAACCACGCAUUUGUGGGUGAAGCGGUAAUUGAGUCUGCUGUUGGGUGGUUGAACGCUGCUCAGAUCGAGUCACUCUUGCUUGCGGCUGAGGCCAAUUUGAUCCCCAUUUCUACAGAUCCUGCACCAGAAGGGACAACAGGUUUAUUUGUGUACAACACUAGAGCGUACAACGACCACAGAAUGUAUCAUCAUGUUGGUCCAGCAUCUCUGAUUGCAAGACAAACUCUUGUCAACGGUGACUCUUUCGUUAAAAUGGGCGAGGCCAUUGGUUUUAACAACAACCGCUAUCGCAAACGUGUACACCGCAACUUCGAUAGGUUCGAUCACUUGGCGAUUAUCCACUACAGGUUCAUCGGUCUCCACGAGCUUUGAAAGUAUAUCGCCAGAGUCAUUGCUUGGAAGCUGGAUUGGAAGAAGGAUGUGCUCAUAUUCAUAGGAAAACGUGUCAUUAAGGAAUUACCAGAUUUCUUACAUUUUUAAAAAAACUGUGUUCUUAUCUUAGGUUUUUUGUACAUUUACAUGAUUUACAUUUACAUUGUUUUUAUCAGGUCUGA